UAAUAUUAUAACAAGCGAAGCGUUGUAUUUACUCGCGUUAGUAUAUCUUUGUACCUAGCGAGGUGCAUGCUGUAUAAUAUUGCUUUUUGAAAACACUAUAUCUUCGUGAAUUAUUAUCGUUUAACACAUCAAUAAUACAUAUUUUUACCGAGUUGAUGUAUAAAUCGUGAACAAGAUGGUCAAGGCUAAAAAGUACGUCGUCAGUAACACAUUUCAAGGACCACCAAAACGGGAUGACUUCAAAAUUGUGGAAUACGAUCUUCCACCUUUAAAAGAUGGAGAAAUUCUGCUUAAAACCGAAUGGUUGAGUGUCGACCCUUACCUGCGCGCCUACAACAGUUUUCUCCAACCACCAUACGAUCAAUUCGGGUUUCAAGUAGGCGUCGUUCAAGAAACUAAAGAUCCCAAGUUUCCAGUUGGUACUCGAGUGGUUACCCACAAAGGUUGGUGUGAUCAUGUUAUUGUUAAGGAUGUAAUAGAAAAGACAUCCGAACCACCCAUUGAAUGGAUUUAUAAACUGCCUGAUCUUCAAGGACUCUCGGCGUCACUGGCCCUGGGUGCUGUAGGAAUGCCAGGAGCAACCGCAUACUUAGCGUUCCUUGAAAUAUGUAAACCUAAAUCUGGUGAAACAGUUGCAGUAUCGGGAGCAGCCGGGGCUGUAGGCAGUCUCGUUGGACAAAUAGCGAAGAUCAAGGGCUGCAAAGUAAUCGGAUUUGCUGGAACAGAUGAAAAAGUGAAAUGGCUUAAAGAACUCGGGUUCGAUGAAGCUUUUAAUUACAAAACUGUUAAUAUUCAAACAGCGUUAAAAGAAGUUGCUCCAAAUGGAGUCGAUUGCUACUUUGAUAACGUUGGCGGUGAAAUAAGUAGCUCUGUCAUGUAUAAUAUGAGUAAAGGAGGUCGUGUUUGUGUUGUUGGAAGCAUCAGUUCUUACAAUGAUGACCCAACACAACUUCCUAAAGUAACAAUAGUUCAACCAGGAAUUUUAUUCAAACAACUGAAGGUAGAGGGCUUUAUAAUAUGGGAACAUAAAGAUCGUUGGCAAGAAGCGUUUGCUGUUUUAGUAAAGUGGAUUAAGAACGGUCAUCUUAAGGCCCCAGAACACGUGACAACAGGUUUUGGGAAUAUCUACGAUGCGUUCAUUGGAAUGUUAAAUGGUGAGAAUUUCGGUAAAGCCGUUGUGAAAGUUUAAUGCGAAACUUUUCCAUUGAACAGCAAUCAUUCUCGAAGAAAUAAUAUGUUAUCAUUAUCGUUUUAUUUUUUGUUUAAUAAAUUGCUUAUGUUUGCACGACUUAAUUAUUCGUGUUUAUAUUUAGAUUUAUAAUAGGCGUCGGUUUCGCAAUUGUACCGUUGACUCUCACCACGGAGCACCCGGUUCAAUCCUCACCCGCCACGUACCAAUGUGUUAUCGAUGUUCCAAUAAAUAUGUACAUUUAUUGGACGCUUUAUAAGGUCGGCAAUUUUCUUCAAGCCAUUUGUAUUUUGUACCUAUAUUCAAAAUGAAUAUUUCUGUAGUAGUCUUCAUUUUAGUUAUGUCAAUUGAUUUGCCAGUGUAAAUUGUAUUGUUAUUUCUCCCCAUAUAAAUUAAAAUAUGCAUAAUAAAAUUACAGAUUACAUUUUAA